AUGGCGGCUAUUAACUUGACGGACUUGACCAUCAGCGGGGUCCACACGGCAUACCACCGCGGAGACUACACCAUAGUCGAGCUGGUCCAAGCCUAUCUGACACGUAUCGAUCAGAUCAACCCUCAGCUCAAUUACGUCCUGGCCAUUAACCCGGACGCGAUUGAGCAAGCUCAGGCCCUUGACGAUGAAUUCCAAGCUACCCACAAGCUGCGUCCGCUGCAUGGGGUGCCAAUGCUGGUCAAAGACAACAUCAUCACUGCGGCGAUGCCCACCACCUUUGGCUCGAAGCUCGCUGUUCCGGGCAAAGAGAAGCUUUCUGACAACGCCCCAGUCAUUACGCAGCUUCAAGACGCCGGAGCCAUCAUCCUGGGGAAGACCGCCAUGCCCGACUGGGCCACGGACCUAUUCAGCGCCUCGACCGUUACCACAUGGACUGAGAAUCCCUACGAUCGCAGCAGGGACACCGGAGGCUCCAGCAGUGGCACGGCAGCGGGGAUCGCAUGCAACCUGGCCCUGGUGGGCGUGGGCUCCGACACCGGGGGUUCCAUCCGGCUCCCCUCGGCAUUCUGCGGGGUGGUUGGCAUGCGUCCGACCGUGGGCCUGAUCAGUUCCGCGGGCAUUUCGGUCUUCGUGGGCAGUCAAGAUACCGUUGGGCCGAUCUGUCGCACCGUUACUGAUGCAGCGCGCGUGCUCGACACUCUUGCCCUACCCACCAGCCCCCAGUUCCUGAGGCCCCGGGGUGAGUCGUACGCGGCGCUUCUCACCCCCAGCAAUCUUCCGGGCCCAGUCCAUCUAGGCCAUCUGCCGGAGCUCGGCGCGGAUGAUGACGGCGUGCGUGCCGUCUUCACCCAAGUCCUCGAUCGCCUUCGACAACAUCCUCUGGUCACCAUCAGCGACCUCACCAUCCCCGACCUGACUACCUCGCUGGAUGCAGCCUCCAUCAAUCUCAGUCGCGGUAAACACGACCUAAAUGACUUCCUGGGGCCGAUGUUCAACACUAGUGUCGAGGCCAUCUAUCAGGCAAACGAAUAUCCGUCCAGCAACUUCGCCAUACCGGGAAUGAUACUAGACAAAUCGACAGCGACGGAUUGCUACAAACAGUCCGACACCAGAGACGCCCUGGAGCACGCCGUAACAGCGCACAUGCUGAGAACAGGCGUCGAAACACUCCUCUUCCUAACCGCCGGAAAACCAGCCCCACUGCGAGAGGACAUUGAGGAUCCGAUGGACGGGCUGAAAUUCCCUUAUCAUACCAUGCUGGCAAGUACCCUGCGAUGGCCUGCCAUCUCGGUUCCAGCAGGGUUAACUUCGACCGGCCUGCCCGUGGGAAUCGAGAUUGUUGGGAGGCCACUCAGUGAGCAACGGCUACUAGAAGUCGCUUUUGUAGUGGAGCAGAUUGUUAUGGGAAGACAGCCGCCGCCAGAGCUGGUUUAGUUGCUGGAUUUAUCCUCUGGCG